AUGACAUUCACCGCAUGUCGAAAGUUACAGACCAAGAGCUAGAUUGUGCUGUGUCUGUAGCCGUUUCACAGGUUGGCCCAACUUAUGGUCGCAAAAUGAUGAAAGGAAAGCUUGAAGCUGCAAUUGUUAAAGUUAAUGAAAAGCGCCUUUCAAGGUCACUUCAUAGAGUUGCACCAGAUUAUUGUCAACAAAGAGAACAAAACACAGCAAAGCUAUUGAAUCCAGUGCCAUACAGUGCAGAUUACUUUGGUCACAAACUUCACAUGGAUCAAAAUGAAAAGUUGGUCAUGUAUGGGUGCACGACAGUCUUGGCAGUUGAUGGAUACAGCAGCAUGAUUAUGGCAGCUGCUUCGAUGCCUGUGAAAAAUAAUGUGAAAAUUUAUCGCUCUGUAUUCAGGCCUAUUAUUGAACAAUAUGGUGUAUGGGACCAAGUUCGUGUUGACUGUGGAAAGGAGUUUUAUCUCACUUUGUUUGUGCAACAAAGUUUGUCUGCACAUAGAAGAAACACGCUUCGAGUACCAUACAAACAGACACCAUCCACCAAGAACCACAUGGUUGAACGGCUUUGGGUUGAAGUGAACGGCAGGAUUAAUUACUCAAUCAAAACCCAGUUGAACAGGAUGGCUCAAGAAGAGCUAAUUGAUAUGGUCAACGUUGUUCAUCAGUUCUGCGUAUCUACCAUAGUAAUCCAGGUUGUUCAGGCUGGAAUACAAGAGCUCCUCCCAGCAUGGAAUUGUCAUACCAUUCCAGGAAAAGGUAAGCCAGUAGAGCUGAGGAACAACACUUACAGGGAGUAUGUGUACUUCACGGUACUGAAAUUCCCUUCCUGA